CGCAGCGUCACUUGAACGUCGAUCUGAUUCCAACAGACUCCCCUCCCCCCGCCAUGUCCCGCCUCGCCAAGCGCCAUCCAGACUUGCUCAGCUGCAACUUCAACCAGGACUACUCCUGCAUCGCCGUAGGACACAAGAAGGGCUACACCAUCCUCAACUGCGAUCCAUUCGGGAAAGUCCACUCCAACAAUGAUCAAGGCGCAACAGGCAUCGUCGAGAUGCUCUUCUGCACAUCCCUCGUCGCCCUCGUCGGCGCGGCCGAGAACCAGCCAUCUAAUAGCCCUAGGAAGCUUCAGAUCGUCAACACCAAGCGCCAAUCAACCAUCUGUGAACUAAUCUUCCCGACAUCCGUCUUGGCCGUCAAGAUGAACAGAAAGCGGCUGAUUGUGGUACUCGAGAAUGAGAUUUACAUUUACGACAUCUCAACCAUGAAGCUGCUGCACACCAUCGAGACCGGACCGAACCCUAAUGCUGUAUGCGCUCUCUCGUCCUCUUCUGAGCGCUCUUACCUCGCCUACCCAUCCCCUGUGCCAUCGGCGUCCUCAACUCCUCUUUCGUCUUCAGCUAUCCCUGCGCCACCACCAGCUCCCACGACCGGUGACGUUCUCCUCUUUGACACCAUCUCUCUCACCGCUCUCAAUGUCAUUCAAGCGCACAAGACUCCCAUCGCCGCUCUCGCUCUCAACUCUACGGGCACUAUGCUUGCAACAGCUUCCGACAAGGGGACCGUGGUCCGGGUAUUCAGCGUGCCAGACGCCAAGAAGCUGUGGCAGUUCAGAAGGGGCUCUUCCAGCGCAAGGAUCUUUAGUAUAAACUUUAACCUCAUGAGCACGUUGCUCGCAGUUUCUUCCGACACUAGCACAAUACACAUUUACCGACUCGCCAGUUCUCGUAAAGGUGGUAAAGAUGCGGAUGACGCCUCGACAGAAGAAGCUCGCAGUCCGACACCCUCUGAAACGCCUUUGGCUUCAUCACCACCGCUGGCAGCUGGCAAGCUAGACUCGCACUCUGCAGCGUCAUCCCUCAGGCGGCGGUCGUAUCAUCUGGGCAAGUCGUUCGUCGGUGGAGUCGGCGGCUACUUGCCAAAGAGUGUAUCGGAAAUGUGGGAACCUCAGCGCGAUUUCGCAUUCAUAAAGCUCAGAGGGAAUCACGGAAGGACGGUCGUUGCUAUGAGCGCGACGGUGCCCCAAGUCAUGGUCAUUAGCUCUGAAGGGUUGUUCCAGGCAUACAAUAUCGAUCUGGAGAACGGCGGCGAGUGUUCGUUGAUGAAAGAGUUUGCGUUAUUGGGCAGUGAAGAUUUCGGAAAUGGAUCCAAUGGGAUUUAAUACCCAUUCAAGAUAAACUGGUUCUUAAUACGAUAAAGCCUGAUAAAGUGUGAUUUUUGUUUGUACAAGGUUAUAUGCAUUUGUUCUAUUCGUUACUGGAUGUAAUACUCUU